GUUAUGCAAAUGAUACAGAUAGAGGCUGUGAUGAGAUAUUUUGCUGAUAAAAUGACUAACUCCAGUUAAAUGUCAACCCGCUGAAAUGGAAAGAAUGCAUAAUACAGUAGAUAAGGAAGAAAUCUAACAGAAAUAAAUACAUUUUAGUUAAAUACUGAUUUUAAAAAUAAUUCAAAAUAUUAUAUAAAUAAAUACAAAAAACAAUUUUGUUUGAAGCUGGAAACGUGAAGGUAUCUCAGCACCGACAAGUCCUCACUUUAGUCUCGUUUAUUCAUUUUGAAGUUGUCACGCAAAAUUUACAAAAGAACUACAGUAAAGUAGAAAACUUGCUGCAGCUCUCCUUUUCCAUUUAACCACGUGCCUCUUCUCUGCAUGGAGCUGGCCUUUGAAAUUAGCAUUUUUGUAAGUGAGGGUACAUAAUUGAUAUCUCGCACAACUCAUAAGUAACAGUCAGACGUCUCUCAUGUGCCUGAGACAGAUCACAAGGGCUCAAUCACACACUCAUGCACAUGCACUGAUGGUAAUCAUUUAUCACCAGCAACUGCAGUAGAAAUACACUUUCCAGUAUCCUGCCUCCUGUGUGCAAACUUCUUUCUAGUAUGUUAUAAUAGUGACAUACUGUAAACAGCCAUAGUGUUGAAAGUAGUUUACAGUGUAACCCAGCUUUAUUAAGAUCGGAUUUGUGUGCAGUCGUUACCCGGCAGAGGUCCCUCUGUGUGCCGAGGGUUCAGGUGUGUGUGUGUGUCCCCGCUGACUGAGAGACAAGAGCAGACAAGUUCAAUCAUUCAUCAACACACCGCACUCACUCUCGGGGGACAAGGCACAAUUUUGGAACUGUAGCUGUGCCGUAAUGUUGUGUAAAGACUGUACAAGUUACCACAUGCAGCUGCCAAUUAAUUCCUGGCCUGUGGCAGUUUGUCGUCUGCAGCUGACCCGAGUACAGACUAAUGAACUGACUGGUAUUUACAGUAAGAAAGAGAGAUGAAAUGAAAUGAUGGGAUGUUUCUUUAGAUUUGCUUAUGUGACGUAGGAGUGUGUUGUUGUAUGUUGUGGUGGUCUGGGGUCCAGUUUGUGCUUGAGAAAGGUGACAAAACCAGUGGAACAUCCUUUGAACCUCACUUCAUUUUAUACACAUUAAUGAGAUAAUACUGACUCAUGAUAUCUACUAAAAUUAAUAAAGUCCUUCUUGUCUGUGUUUCACAUUAAAUAGAGAUCAAUAUGCUCUCAGUCAGUCACUGUAAUCCUGUGUCCUCCUCUUCACUUUUGCACAGUUGAAUCUGUUCUCAGGUUACCUUGUGCAGCACAUCUCCCUUGGGAGCAGAUAAGACACCUGUCACACUUUGCUGUCUGCCACAGUGCAAGCUCUCCCGACUCCUUUCUGUGUCCGCAUAGCAUGGAAAUCAGCCGCUUUUUGCUUGGAUUAUGUGCCUUUUUUUGCUUGUACAGAUCUGUUUCAGCACAGUCCACGUGCAAGCUGAAGGCCAAGUUCAACCUGAGCGGCUACAAGAAUGUAGAAAAGAAGACGGUCGUUGUUGGUGGGAUGUUUCCCAUACACAUGCGUAUCGCCGCCACUGAUGGCAACACUUCGAGGGCGCCUGUCUCAUCGGGGUGUGAGGGGUUUAAUUUCCGUACCUUCCGCUGGACCCAGACCAUGCUGUUUGCCAUCGAUGAAAUAAACAAGAGAGACGACCUGCUGCCUGAAACUGACCUGGGUUACGUCAUCUAUGACUCGUGCUUCACCAUCUCCAAGGCUGUCGAGGGUACCCUCACCUACCUGACGGGCCAAGACGAGGCCGUGCCCAACUACCGCUGCGGCAGUGGGGCGCCUCUGGCUGCUCUGGUGGGUGCUGGGGGCUCCGAUCUGUCCAUCGCCACUGCCAGGAUCCUGGGACUGUAUCACUUCCCACAGGUCAGCUACUGUUCAUCAUGCUCUGCCCUGGAAAGCAAGUUCCAGUUCCCCACCUUCCUCAGGACCAUUCCCAAUGACAAGCACCAGUCUACAGCUAUGGCCAGGCUGGUGCUGCACUUCGGUUGGACCUGGGUGGGCACCAUAGCUGCAGAUGAUGAUUAUGGCAAGUACGGCAUCAAAGACUUCAAGGAGCAGGUGGAGGAGGCUGGCGUCUGCAUCUCCUUCUCUGAGACCCUGCCCAAGGUGAGUUCCCCAGAGGACAUCCAGCGUAUUGUUGACACUGUGGUCGAGUCCACGGCCAAGAUCAUUGUGGUCUUCUCAUCAGACGUGGACCUCAGUCCCCUUAUCGGUGAGCUGCUGCGGCACAAUGUGACCAACCGCACCUGGAUCGCCAGCGAGGCCUGGAUCACCUCUGCUCUCAUCAACCAGCCUGGGGUGAGCUCAGUGCUGGGUGGUACCCUGGGCUUUGGGGUGAAAAGGGCAGACAUCCCUGGUCUUCAGCGCCAUCUACUGGAUGUGGACCCCUAUGACCCACUCACUGAGGAAUUCUGGGAGACGAUUUUUAACUGCACACUCAACUAUGAAAAAGCUCUGAAACAGGCCGAACAGAGGGCUACAGCUGUUAAUGGCACGGUGUCCAGGAUGGCGAGGGGAAUUCCUGAUGGGCUGUGUACAGGGAAAGAGUCUCUGGCAUCGCUCAAUAACACCUACUCUGAUGUUUCCCAGUUACGAAUCACUUACAGUGUUUAUAAAGCUGUGUACGCUGUGGCACACGCCUUGCACAACCUUGAGUACUGUGUACCUGGACAGGGACCAUUCACUGGGCAAAGCUGUGCUGACAUCAACAACUUUGAGCCAUGGCAGUUGAUGUACUACCUGAAGAACGUGCGUUUCAAAGCACCGAACACAGACGAGGAAAUCUACUUCAAUGAUGGGGAUGUGGAGGGCUUCUAUGACAUCAUUAACUGGCAGGUCAAUAGUAAUGGGGAGAUAUCCUACGUCACUGUCGGGCGGUACAAUGGCUCAGCAGCCCCAGAGGACAGCAUGACCAUAGCGAAUAACUCCAUUGUGUGGAAUAAUGAAGUGCUGCAGCCGCCUCGGUCAGUGUGCAGUGAGAACUGUCAGCCCGGCACCAGGAAAGGGAUCCGGCAGGGAGAACCAGUCUGCUGCUUUGACUGCAUCCCAUGUGCUGAUGGAGAGAUCAGCAACGAAACCAAUGCUCGUGAGUGUUUCCUGUGCAGUGAAGAUGACUGGUCCAAUGAUGCUCAUGAUGCAUGUGUGCCAAAAAUCAUUGAGUUCCUGGCCUUUGGAGAGCCACUGGGGAUCACUCUUAUUGUCAUCUCUGCCUUUGGAGCAUUAGUUACCAUCGCUGUUGGGGUGGUGUUUGUUGUGAACAUCGGCACGCCUCUGGUGAAAGCAAAUGACGCUCUGUUGAGUUUCUCGCUGCUGUUAGGACUGGUGGUGACCUUCCUCUGCUCCAUCGUCUUCCUCGGAGAGCCUCAGAACUGGAGCUGCAUGACCAGCCAAGUGGCCUUGGCUCUGGGCUUCGCUCUCUGCCUUUCCUCCAUCAUGGGUAAAUCAGUAGUGUUGAUGCUGAGAGCCCGGGUUCUGAAAGCAGCCCGUGCCAGAGCCAAAGCAGCCGCCAAAGCUGCAAAAGCAGCAGCUGAAGCAGCAGCCAACAGCGGCAGCCCUGAUGUGAUUGUAACCAACACAAACAACAACAACGACGCCAAUGCCGGCACUAACCCUGAAGUUGACACUCUCACCUGCGCCCACCAGAGGGCGAUGGUUGGCGUAGCAACAUUAAUACAGGCUAUCGCGUGCACAGUGUGGCUCAUCGUCCUCCCUCCAUACGCAGUGAAAAACACCUCAGCCCAGAACAUAAAGAUCAUCCUCGAGUGCGAUGAAGGCUCUGUGGUCUUCAUCUGUUGCAUCUUUGCCUAUGAUAUCCUGCUGGCUCUGCUGGCCUUCGUCUUUGCCUUCAUAGCCCGAAAGCUGGAGGACUACUUCAGUGAAGCAAAGUGUAUGACCUUCAGCAUGCUUGUCUUCUUCAUUGUGUGGAUCUCCUUCGUCCCGGCUUACCUAAGCACACGCGGAAAGUUCAUGGUAGCCGUCCAGAUUUUUGCCAUCUUGGCCUCCAGCUUUGGCCUGCUGACCUGCAUCUUCCUGCCCAAGUGCUACGUGCUUUUGGUGAAACCUGAACGCAACAAGGAGGAGAUGAUGAGGCCCCGCGCCAAACCCCGUGACGGGACCUCAACUGGGACUUCAGCCUCGCUCGCCACAGCUAACACUGAGGUCAAUGCUACGACUGCAUCCACUGCUAUUGAUGAUUAGUGGGAAAAUAACUAGAAAGAAACUGAGCCACAAAGAUGAAUAUUGUAAAUACUGUAGAUGGCAGCUGUGCCACUGUUUCAUUGGCCAACGCUCCGGCUGAUUAGGGUUCCUAGUCUUGUUAUUCACAUUUAUUUUACAAUAUGUUUGGUCUUAAUGAACAGACAAUAUAUAUUAUUUACAAAAUAUUUAUAUUUAUACUGACUGAAUCUGUGUCAAGUCAUGUGUAUCUUCAUGUAUGUUACAUAGGGCUGAUUUCAAUUAGCAAUAUCCAUGAGGAAAGAAAACUGCUACCUCAACAAUUACUAAACAUAAAUUUGGUCAUGUAUGUGAACAUGUGACAUUUUUAAACAAAUUUCUUAAAGAACAAUGUAAUUUUGACUUCACUUGCUUUUUCUCUGGUGUCUGUUCUGCUAAAAGAUAUUUUAACAAAUUCAGACUCUUACCGUCAAAGCUGCUCGUGUUUCACUUGUUGUAGUGGGAUCAAAAUUAAGCAUUUACUGCAGAUAUCUUUCCUGUUGUAUUUCUAGUUGCUGAUCAGUUUCAAACACAUCUGACAUUUUUUACCAGUACAGCCAUUUAUCUUAUGUUGCUCCAAUCAGAAUAUUUGUAUAAAUGUUUACACAGUAAAUUUAACUCUCUGUUAACAUAAUAACCUGUCAGAGUGACACAAAUUAGCAUAACCCUGUUAGC